AUGCUCCAGUCUGGCCACGCAGACUACUGUGAAUUCGCCAAUUCGCACGAGCCAUUCGAGUUUUUGAAGAAAAACGACUCACCGUAUCUGUUCAAAAAACGCCUUCAACCCUUUCCCGGAACGCUCGAUUUCCUACCGAAGGUUACAUCAGGAAUAUCGGAAGAAGAUCUGGACUUUUUGAGCAGAUACUUUUCUUACUGCGUCAAAAAUAAGAAAUUACAACGCGAGAUCAUUAACUUGGCCGUCAAUGGAUGGAGUUUUCACCACGAAGAUGAGACCGACUACUUGCUAUGCGAGGACGAUGUCCGCCAAAUUCCGGAACGGUGA